UUGUCGCUUAUAUAGUGAGAAUCAUAUAAUACCUAACGUAAAAAAACAAAACUGUAGCAUGAAGAUAAACAUUAUUAUCAUUAUCCGAUUGCAUAUGAGAUCCAAACUACCUCGGAAGUAACCGCGAUUGUCAUGCGUACGAACCGAUUUUCUGCGAUAGCAAAGGAUUAUACAUGUCUCGGAAAAUUUAGCCUCUCACUGUGGCAACACUGGUCAUUACACUUGAAAUCUGAAAUCGUAAUCGAAGAAAAACGCGAAUGAACUCGUUUGUUUCGACUCUCGCGCGUUCAGUGGAAACUUGAAGAGUUUGCUGACAAAGACGUGACUACUUCUCGUAGCUGAAACUUAUUUAUUUACUUCAAGUAUUAUUUGUUAAUUGAAAAAAAGAGGUUCUUGGAUUCAUCGUUUUAACAACGUGAACUACGACGAUAGACACCGAGCUUUUUUACAAGCUGUCAUGCAAAUGGGAAUCGUGCUGGAUCACGAUGCACAAUUGUUGUGCGCAACUAUUUUUAGUGAGUUGUGUCUUAUUUGUGUAUAAAAAAUUUUAGAUUCCUUGUGCUGCUGUUAGUUUUUGCUGUUUUAUAUCAAUACCAUACUAAGAAAUAUUUGCAUUGGCCUAGUUUGGAUAAUUUCUAGACCAAUAAUCUUGAUUCUUUUCAUUUGUAUUCAAAAGAACACGUUUCCAAACAAAGUGUUUACUACAUCUAGUUUGAUUUGUUCACUAUAAAUAUGCUGAUGAAAUGUUGUAUAUGCGAGCUAUCUGGCGAAAAGUACUGGUCUGUUGUUGGAACAACACAUGAAGAGAAUCUAUCGAUACUAUCUAAGUUUAGUGUUGCGCAAAGAGCAUUUUUGCGAGACAUAUAUUCAGAAAUUGUUAGUUCAGAAAAUGGCUCUAUUUCAAGUACUGAUGGUUUAAAUCUUACAAGAACGAUUGGUGUAAAACUGUCUAUGGGGGAAGCAGAUGCAUUCUUGAAAGAUUUGUACAAAGGAAAAUGGUUGUGCAUCAAGAACGGAUAUUUUUAUAUGGGUGUACAAAGUAUUUUGGAAGUCAUGCCUUAUUUCAGAGCCACUUAUGAAAACAACUUUCAUAAUUGUCAAUUAUGCAAAGAAAUCAUCUUUCAUGCCAAAAGAUGUGAACACUGUGACAAAGGUUUUCUUAACUAUUGUUUGAUUUUAUAUGAGCCAGAAAAAAGAAAGCGUGUGCCCAGACUGUAACAAUCAUAUGGACAUUAGCAUAGUGCAAGGUAUGGUUUUCAAUAGAAUACUUUUAUCUGAUAUGAUUACAUUAUUAUUUUUGCUGUUAAAUGAUUUUACGAUUUUUAUACUUAUUAUUUUAUAGAUAACGCUAGUAAUUCUGAAAGUAUUGAAGAACCUGUUGAUGAUGUACAAGAAGAUGAACCCAUGGAAAUUACAGAUGAGGAUUCAGAUAUUGAAGAUUCUCCACCAGUAAGAAAAAAAAACGCGUGCAAAGUAGAUCUCAAAAUAAUAUAUUUAACAACAGUUAAAAUAUCAAUACGAUAUAUGUUAACUUAAGUUAAACAUGGUUUAACAGUAUAAUAUGUUACUGUUUUCGUCAAUAAAUAAAUUUGUAACUGUCAGUAAUGUAUUAUUACCCC